GUGCUCGAGCUUUAUCGUCUCCCUCAGAUUUAAGAUGGCGUUCGUUGGAACAGGGAAGCAGUUGGGGUUAUACUGAUAAACUGGACAGUUAUUUUCCCAGCAUUAGCUGCUUAUCCUGUGUCCUCAGGACGGGUUGCCCCAGCUCAAUCAAGCUGCUCUCACCUUCUGUCAUGUCGUGUCCAAUCAUUUGGCAGAUCUGUGUAUUUCAUGUAAUCCUAAUAAAACUGUGUUGUGCAGUGUAACUACAGCUCCCUGUUCUACUUGCUGCUAUAAAAAGUGACUGCAUAAAAAAAUCAAGAAAAAGCUACGGGGUUGAAUAUGCAGCUGGAUAGAUUUCUUUUGGUGCUAUGAGUGUGAACCAUCAGAACAAAGUUAUGAGGACCCGAUUUAAUGACAUCUUUAAAACAAUGUAUACUGAUAUAGGUUUUGGUCUGAAACAUGGCUGAAAGAAAGCCUGGAGAGUCUUGUGACCAAGCAUACCAGCAGGCCUGGCUGCAGAAGUGUAAGCUGGCAUAUAACUGCAAGGAAGCGCUGAAUGUAACCAGCUACACUGAUGGUUCUACUGCAUCAGUCGAGGCUAUUAGACUUCAGGAAUUACUGUACAGAAUCUUAUGUCUCAUACGGCUGAAAAAUUACAAAGAGGCUGAAGAAGAUUGUAAAAGUGUUUUAUGCUUCCAUGAAAUUCUGGGGGAAAACCUGUUAAGAGAUGUGUUGGCAUCACUGGUUCUAGAGGGAAAACUGAAGGAUGUUUAUGAUGCUUUGUGCGAUUGUAAGACUGAAGACUGUAUGAAUGGAGCCUCCUUAAGUCAUCUGAGACGGCUGCUGCACUUACUGACGGAGUUGCAGGCUGCAACUAAUGGUGCUCUCUUUUCAUCAGAGCAAGAUGCCAAAGAAAGUGAAUGUCGAUGGAAGUUCCGUCCACCCCCACGAGGUGUUGUUGGAAUUGAUGAGUAUUCCUUGUGUUGCCAAUAUUUGGAAUGUGGAGCAUGUCAUUUUGAGGAUUUCUGUGUGUUUGCUCACUCUGACGCUGAACUGCUGGAAUGGAGAGAACGACAUGCUUACAGACGACUUCAGUAUCAGCAGCAAAGGGAGCAGCAUCAGCAAGGUGCCAAUUAUAGUGAAAGAUUGAUCGAGAAAUGGAUUAAUAAUCCAAGCCCAGACAGAGUGGUGAGUGGGGCUAUUGAAGGUGUGAGAGUGGAAUGCAAUCAGGAGCUGAAUCAGGUCUCUGAUGGCAGAAAAUGUGACUUUUUGUGGACAUUUGUUUUUACUUGUGAUCCUCCACAGUUACUCCACCAUGUUGCAUUUCUGACUAAUGCCUACACAUCAUGCUUCCACAUUGCUUCUAUUGCUGCUGGUGACUCUGACAGUCUUCAUCCAUAUUCCAUAUUGUCCAAAUGUCAAGAAUGGAGUCGAAGCUCAAGUGGCCAGAACAGGAUUGAGGAGCAUGUUUACCAAAUUGCAGUCAAAUUUUCUUCAGAAGUCUUUGGAAAUUUUCAGCAAACCAUAUUUUUUGAUUUUGGGUCAGAGCCAGUGCUGAUGCAGACGGUUACUGUGUCUGCCCUAUCAGAUAAAGGUACAGAUGCAUUGCUACAGCAUCAGCAGCAAUCCCUAACGACAUCACAACGCUGGGAUUCAACAUGUAAGCAAGUCGUUGAUUUUCGACCUCAAGAGCAAUCUGAUCUUGAUUUGACACUGUUGGUGACCUAUCAAAUUCCUGCUGCUGCUGACCAAUUGUUCACCCGGUCAGUUCUGGACAAAGCCUUGAACAGACACAACUAUCAUUCUCGCUUCCAUGAUCUUCUCUACAUUGAAGAAAAUGCACAAAAUAAAGAUAUAAGCAAGUUUAAUAUCAAAGCAAAUUUGCACAUAACGACGUCCUAUGCAGUUCCUGGCAAUCAUGGUGCUGCUCGGCAUGUUCAGAAUGGUCAACUGUUUGCCUGUGUUUUGUUGAGUGAUACCGUGAUAACCAAAGACACUGCUGCUGGGAGACUCGUGAUGGAAAAGGUCACCAGUGUUCUGCUGAUACCCCUCAGCAAAAAAAAGGGUCUUGGAUCGAAUCAGGGGAAUAAGGAAAAAGUGUACGAAGCACUUGUGGAAGACAGGUCCAGGGAGUGUAUGUUGCUGAGGCUCUCCAAAGAGUGCUGUGAAGAUCUGAAACUUCGACCGGAGAGAGACAUAGAGGUGGAGCUUCAGUUUCAGUUGAACCGUUUGCCGCUCUGUGAGAUGCAUCUAGCUUUGGAUAAUCUUAAAGACUGCAGCCUGGUCUCCCCAGAUAUUUCUCCUCUUCUGAUGCUUGAUUUGCCAGACAGAGACUGGGGAAAGCAGUUGGAUCUAAGGCUGAAUUCCAAGCAGAGAAAAGCAGCUGAUAUCAUUACAGCUCCUACAUCAUUCAGUCUCCCACCAAUUCUUCUGACCGGGCCAUGUGGCACUGGGAAAACUUUCACUUUGGCACAAGCAAUUAAACAAUUGGUGAAAGACUCUGACAAAAGGAUUCUGUUCUGUGCACAUUCAGAUACUGCAGCAGACAGUUUCAUAAAGGACUACCUCUCUCCUAUUUUUGAAAACGAUGCCAGUGAUGUGAGACUUCUCAGAAUUUAUCACAAGAACAAGUGUGUGAAAACUGUGCAUCCCACACUACAGCGCUAUUGUCUAAUUGCUCGGAACCAGUCUGCAUUCCUGCUGCCAAGGAAAGAGGACGUACUCAGGUGCCAGGUGGUUGUGACAACUGUGAGUUCAUCAAAAUACCUCUGUUGUGCUGACCUGCAACAUGGCUACUUCACACACAUUUUAGUGGAUGAUGCUUCUCGAGCAAUUGAGUGUGAAACCAUUAUGGCUCUUGGGUUAGCUGACAAAACCACUAGAAUAGUCCUGGCUGGAGAUCCUAUGCAGCUCAAUCCUGUCGUAUAUAGCGAAUUUGCUCGAGAACGAAACCUCCAUAUUUCUUUGAUCAAGCGCUUAUCACAGCUCUACCCUCCUGAUUUCUGCUGUCAUAUAUCACUAGCAGAACAGUACAGAUCGCAUGAAGUCAUCAUCAGUCUUGCAUCAGAACUAUUCUACAGAGGGAACCUUACGGCUAACAGCAAACAGCCAACUCACAAAGAUUUUUAUCCCCUCACGUUUUGUGUGGCCUGGGGAGCAGACAUACAAGACAAAAACAGUGCCAGCUAUUACAACUGUUCUGAGGUUUUGGAAGUAGCUGAGCAAGUGGAAGAAUUGCAGAGGAGAUGGCCAGUGGCCUGGGGGAAGCUGGAUGAAAAUAGCAUAGGAGUUGUGACGCCAUAUGCCAAUCAAGCCAUGCGAAUCCGUGCAGAGAUGCAGAAAAAGAAACUUAAUGAUGUCACUGUUGAACAUGUCUUGAACAUACAAGACAGACCAUUCAGAGUGCUGUUUCUGAGCACAGUCAGAACACGGCACACCUACAAAGAACCACCAACGUCUUUGAGACGGAGAGAUGCUCAGCUAGAAGAGUCCACAGAGGACCUGGAAUAUGGCUUCUUGUCUAGUUAUAGAAUGCUGAAUACCAUUCUCACCAGGACACAGUCCCUUGUGGCAGUAGUUGGAGAUCCGGUAGCUCUUUGUUCCAUUGGCAAAUGUCGGAAAAUUUGGGAGCAUUUCAUAUUCCUUUGUCACAAGAAUGGAAGCCUCCAUGGAGCCACACUACAUGAGAUCAGGACACAGCUUGAUAACCUGGAACUCAGCAGAGGCUGUGUACUGAACCCCUUGGCCCCUGAAUUCAUCCCUCGAGCCAUUCAAAACUUUACAGCCUUUUCCAGCAGACUCCAAGCAUCACCAGCAAAGACUUGUUCUCAGGUGACCUGGUUGGGAUACCAGAACAGAUUCGCAUUAGACCCAAGGCUUGUGGCUCGUCAGGCUGCCAUGGCAUAUAAUUUCAAGUUGUUACAGACUCAAGGAAGGCUUUCACCUGGUCCUUAUAACCUUGGGACUUCGCCACAUCAGUCACACAUUGACAGGGAUCUGGAACAUGCAAAAUCUGGUAGAGAAAGGAUGACACCAAGAUCGGAUGUGGGAUCGUUUUGGACUUCAGGCAGAAAGAAUAAUGACAUAAGGGAAAAGGUUCAAGGUGGCCCUGUAUGGCUUUCUGACAACUUGAUGAAUAUGACUCCAGCUAUAAAGUUUAGUCCUGGUCACAAACACAUUCAUGAUCAGGCCCACUCACAGUUAAUGUCACAACAAGGCUUUUGUUCACAGAAUGUUCAGAGUUCCAGUCGACCCUUUAACCAGCAAAACCUGUGCAGUCCCCAGAAGCAUUCUUCAGUUUCUCCACUCUCCUCUGGACAGAUUCCGGGUCAUUCUUGUUACAUCCAGGCUCAGGCAGCUCUGCCAAGUCAGUUCGAGAAUAACAACAGAGGUCAGCUGUCACCACACGUUACAAUACAUCACCAGCUGCCACCUGCUUCAGCAUCCAGCUCAACCAAUCUCUCCGAGCAUCAUGGAGCUCAUCAUGUUCAUUUUGAAGAGCAUGACCACGUUCUCCGAGGGCAAACUCUCUUGGCAACCAAGAUGAAACAUCAGAAUUUUUUCCCAGGCACAACAAAUUCCUUGUUGAAGUCCCAUGUUCAGAAGAGUAAUCGGCUCCAUUCCAGACUCAGCCAGUGGACUGAACACAGCUACUCAAAUCCAGUGCCCAAAUUGCUCGACUGUAGUGGUGCUCUGGACUCUCCAAACUCCCACAAAGCCCUGCUUCAGGAACAUGCUUCCAAGUUCAGUCUGCAGCCCUUCUACAGUCACAUAGGAGAACUGCAUGGAGACAUCCCAGUAUAUGUGCAGAAGAGUGCAGAACAGCCAUCAACAUGGAAUCAACCUCGAAGCCCUGAGCUAACAGAGAUGCCACCUCAGUCCAGGCUAAUUCAAUAUUGCCAAAACCAGCUGCAGAAUACAAGGCAACAAAAUUCACAUCAUCUCUAUGACAGGAUGGUUAAAGACCCUCCAAAAUACCCCCUGUGUGGCCUUUAUCCUUUCCCAUCUCCCGAGCUACCACCAAACAACUGUUACCCUUUUCAUCUGCAGAACCCUCUGCUCUUGGACUUCACUCAGACAUCUCAUGCUCCCUUUGCACAGAAUUAUGGGAGAGGAACAUCUUCAGAGCUAUUGGAUAUGCAUCCACUGGAAACUAUAGGUCACAGCCCAAACUCCACAGUCAUAUCCAACAAAAUGUAUCCAGGACACCACUACCAGCAGGAGCCAGAGAUAUCCUAUCAUUCCAGUAUUAAUUCAAAGACAUUUCAAGGAACAAAUGAGGCUGAAGUCCGAGUGUCAGGCAGACCACUGUAUCAGAGGCAUUCUGCAUCCAGCCCUCUGGGAGCAUCCUCCAUGGAAAGUAGCCAGGGACCAAGUCCAUACUGCAGCCCAGAUCAGCAGCUAUCACCUGUCCCAACCAACCAGUUGUCGGGGGAUCCUGAUGCAGAGCUUUAUAAUACCAUCAGCAAUUACAGUGUCCAGUCCCCUGCAUUGAGUCCAGAAAGAAUUGCCUACAAUGGGCAGUUUUUACCAGGACAUGGUGCUCCAGGUUUUGAGACCGAGGAGGAUGCUGGUUGUAAUAAAAGUAGUUCCAGUGUAAGCCCUCUCACACAGCCCAAUCCACUUCAAUACCAGAGUCCAUCUAAGUCUGUAGAAGGCAAAGGUGCUGCCUCUUAUGCCAGCGUUCUUCGAGCUCCGCCCAAGACUAGAUUGAAGUUGUCUUCAGAAGCAGAUAGGAAGCCCAUUGAUCCUAUUUCUAUAUUGCAGGACCUGAGUAAGAGGUCAUCCUUAAACGACAGUGGCUACUAUUCUUAUUUCGAAUAAUUGAAGUAGCAGAUUAUGAUCACAUGGUUUAAUUUAUGAUGCACUUCUCAUUGUUUUCUUUUGAGACAUUAUUGCUUUUUUUUAGAACCUUUUUUGUAAGAUACUAUUGCGUGCACUUAAAGAUUUCUAUAGAUGCUAUAUUGGACAUGUAGAAAGGCGUCAUUCGUGAAAAAGUUUCUUUUUACAAAAGCUCUUCAUCUCUGCUUAUUUGCACAUGAACCAGGUGAAUUCUUUUGAAAUGAGUAUUGUGAGUUUUUGUGGGGUUUGUUCUAUUUAUUUUGUAUUUUUUGGGAGGGGAAAUGUUGUUGUACCAAAGUUUAAUUUAUACUUUUUAUUUUGCUGGUGUUGGUUUUUGUAUUAAAAUGAGCGUGACUUGUGACUGCAGCCCUCCUCCAGCCAUAGAGGAAAGCCAAACACGCUUCUCAUAAUCACUCUGCCAUAUUCACAAAGAGCAUGGUUGGUAACCUGUUGCAAUUGAUGUGAGAGAGAAGCUAAGCCCAUUAAUUUAUAAUAAUCAGUGUUUGAAAGAUCAAGAGUGACAUUGCAGGAGAAACACAGUGAUAUUUUAACAUUUGUUAUUUUCUAAAUUUACAAAUCUCUAUUCUCACUGAGCUUUGUAUUUGUGUUACUGGGAGAUUAUGCUCUAUCGAAGCUGUGAUUCUGUCUUCCAUCGUGAAGAUAUGACAUGGCAAAUGUGAUGAGCUUUUAGCACUGCCACAUCUGACCUUUUGCAUUUUCACUUUUCUUUUGAACCUGAAAGUCCAAGUUAUAUAUUUGACAUUACCCAAAGUCUGUAGUGUUCCUCGAUUCUCUUUAUGUAGUAAUGUAUUUAAUAUGGUAUUUAAAAAAAACCUUGACUGCGUUUAGCAUUUGUGACUGUUGUAAUUUUUCAGUUGCUAAGCUACGCUUUGAUUUCUUAAAUCGCAUGGUGUCUACCUUAAAUGGUAAUGACCUCCUUCCUCUGAAUUUUCAGUUACUUUCCUCUAUUGCACAGAAAGCCUAAUUCAAAACUGUACUAACAGUUGUAUGUUUCCAAUCUACAGACAGCUCACGCUGUUCACUUCAACAAACUGUGCGGAAAAAAAUAUUUGAUUUGUCCAUUUUGAUCUUGCUUUAUUUUGGCGAAGUUCCCGCUAUUUUUGUUAUUUAUUGUACAUAAAACAACUAAUUAAAU